AUGAAACCUUACAAAUACAGUGAAAUCACACCAUCCUCAAAGCCUCAUCCACCUGUUGUGGGCAAAGUGACUCAUCACAGCAUUGAAUUAUACUGGGAUCUGGAGAAGAAAGUCAAGCGGCAGGGACCCCAGGAGCAAUGGUUCAGGUUUUCUAUUGAAGCAGAAGACCCCAGAAUGCACACUUACGGUAUCAUUUAUACGGGAUAUGCGACUAAGCAUGUUGUGGAAGGUCUGCACCCACGGACCCUGUACAGGUUUCGACUGAAGGUCACCAGCCCCUCCGGAGAGCAUGAGUACAGCCCGGUGGUCUCGGUAUCUACGACCAGAGAACCCAUAAGUAGUGAACACUUGCAUAGAGCUGUCAACGUGAACGAUGAAGAUUUGCUGCUUCGAAUACUACAAGGAGGCAACGUGAAGGUUGAUGUUCCCAAUAAGUUUGGCUUUACUGCUCUGAUGGUCGCUGCCCAGAGAGGAUACACCAGGCUUGUGAAAAUCCUCGUUUCUAAUGGCACAGAUGUGAAUCUGCAGAAUGGAAGUGGCAAGGACAGUCUAAUGCUUGCGUGCUACGCAGGACACCUAGAUGUUGUGAAAUACCUCCGAAGGCACGGUGCUUCCUGGGAUACUAGAGACCUAGGAGGCUGUACAGCUCUGCACUGGGCUGCAGAUGGAGGCCACUGCAAUGUGAUUGAGUGGAUGAUAAAGGACGGCUGUGAGGUGGACACCACGGACGCUGGCUCGGGGUGGACCCCGCUCAUGAGAGUCUCUGCGGUCUCGGGGAACCAGAAGGUCGCCUCUCUGCUGAUUGACGCAGGCGCAGAUGUGAACAUGAAAGACAAAGACGGGAAGACCCCUCUCAUGGUGGCCGUGCUGAAUAACCAUGAAGAAUUAGUCCAGUUACUUCUUGACAAAGGGGCAGACGCAAGUGUGAAAAAUGAGUUUGGCAAAGGUGUCCUAGAAAUGGCCAGAGUUUUUGACAGAAAGAAUGUAGUCUCCUUAUUAGAAGAAAUGGAAAAAAAGCAAAUGCCUAAGAAGUCAUCUCUUCGCUGACCGGGGCACCUCUUACCUCCCUCCGAAAGCCAAGUGAAACGAAGCAGAGCGGGGCUUGAACUAGAGAGAUGAAAUUCUGCAUCUUUGAGGGCUAUACAUUUGAUUAAUUAUUCGGUGAAGAUUCACAGUACUUUUGUAACAUACGACUGUUCUCACUUUGAAAUACAUCUUUUUACCUAA